GCGGUUCCAGGAAGUGGCCAUAUUGGAUCCAUUCAGCCGCAGCCACUCGCGGCGGGCAGCGGCAGCAGCGCUCCCGCCGCUGGAGCCGCGCCAGCCUCGGCCAUGGCCGCCACCGACCUGGAGCGCUUCUCGAAUGAAGAGAAGAGGAACCUUUCCCUGGGGGGCCAUGUGGGCUUUGACAGCCUCCCGGAUCAGCUGGUCAGCAAGUCUGUCACACAAGGCUUCAGCUUCAACAUCCUCUGUGUGGGUGAGACUGGCAUUGGGAAGUCCACGCUGAUGAACACCCUGUUCAACACCACCUUUGAGACGGAGGAAGCCAGUCACUACGAGAGCGCCGUGCGCCUGCGCCCGCGCACCUACGACCUGCAGGAGAGCAACGUGCACCUGAAGCUGACCAUCGUGGAUGCAGUUGGAUUUGGGGAUCAGAUCAAUAAGGACGAAAGUUACAGGCCCAUUGUAGAGUACAUUGAUACGCAGUUUGAAAACUAUUUGCAAGAAGAGCUGAAAAUCCGCCGGUCUCUGUUCAACUACCACGACACGAGGAUCCACGUCUGCCUCUACUUCAUCACCCCCACCGGGCACUCGCUCAAGUCCUUGGACCUGGUGACAAUGAAGAAGCUGGAUAGCAAGGUGAACAUCAUCCCAAUCAUUGCCAAAGCAGACACCAUCUCCAAGAGCGAGCUGCACAAGUUCAAGAUCAAGAUCAUGAGCGAGCUGGUCAGCAAUGGGGUGCAGAUCUACCAGUUCCCCACGGACGACGAGGCCGUGGCCGAGAUCAACUCUGUGAUGAAUGCUCAUCUGCCCUUUGCUGUGGUCGGCAGCACGGAGGAGGUGAAGGUUGGGAACAAGCUGGUGCGAGCUCGGCAGUACCCGUGGGGAGUGGUGCAAGUGGAGAAUGAGAGUCACUGUGACUUUGUGAAGCUGCGGGAAAUGCUGAUCCGGGUGAACAUGGAGGAUCUGCGGGAGCAGACCCACACCCGCCACUACGAGCUCUACCGCAGGUGCAAGCUGGAGGAGAUGGGCUUCAAGGACACAGAUCCAGACAACCAGCCCUUCAGCCUCCAAGAAACAUACGAGACCAAAAGGAAAGAGUUCUUGGGUGAGCUCCAGAGGAAAGAGGAAGAAAUGAGACAAAUGUUUGUUAACAAAGUCAAGGAGACAGAGGCAGAGCUGAAGGAGAAGGAGAGAGAGCUGCAUGAGAAGUUUGAGCACUUAAAAAGGAUACACCAGGAAGAGAAAAGGAAGGUGGAGGAGAAGAGGAGGGAGCUGGAGGAAGAGAUGAACGCCUUCAACAGGCGGAAAGUGGCAGUGGAAACCUUGCAGUCCCAAUCCUUGCAGGCUACCUCACAGCAGCCGCUGAAGAAGGACAAAGACAAGAAAAAGCAGAGUUCUUAUCUUAGCUUGCUGCACAUUAAUUGACAUUGCUGAAGCCAGCAGGAACAGAGUUAAUCACACACAGACUUGCAGGCCAAGAGUGGACUUGGUGCUUUCAUGUGUUAAGUUGCUUGAGUUUCCCACCCUGAGUGAUCCUUCUCAUAACAUUGUGUGAGUGGACCAAAGUGACAGAGACAAUGAGCAUCUCCGGUGGUUGCAGUGUUCCGACCUGCUGUUUUCUUUUCAGAAUUAUCAGGAGGUUUGCAGGAAGUAACCUUACAUGUACAUUUUGUUAAACAAAGCCAACUAAUCCCUCAAGUAAGAUGUUUUGUUCUAAACCCAGUGAUGGAGCAGCCGUGUAUGAAGUGACCGUGACUGAACUCGUCUUACCACCAGCUAAAUAAUUGCUUUCUGCAUUUUUUUUUUAAUUGGCCAAGGUGACUGCUGGAGGCUCAUUGACCUCCCCUGUACAUGCACAGUGAGAGGAGUGGUCUGAAGAAUGCUGAAAUGUUUGUUUUUCUAACAAAAUUCUGAAGUAGUUUUUAGAAUGGGUGGAAAAACACAACAUUUAGGCUUUCUGCAGGAAUCGUAGUCAGAGUAACCCUCAUUCCAGUAAUUCUGUAUUAAUUCCUGAAUUACUCUAAACACUAUAUACAUCAUUUAUAAUAAUAUAUAUAUAUAUAUAUAUAUAUAUAUAUAUAUAUAUAAAAAUAAAAGAAGAAAGAGAGUGGUUAUUAAAAUUAAUGGGACAAUAUUUUGAAUUUUCUUUACUGCUAAAGUAGAACAUUUAUAGAGAGGUUUUUCAGAAGAGUUUGUUGUACAAAGUGGAACUACAGGAUUUCUGUAACAUUUCAGUUGUCACUUACCAAUGUAUUUACUGUUGUGGGAACUAUUUAAGCCAACAUAUUUUUACUCUUUAACCUUAAACCUAAUAUGUGCCUAAUAAGGAGAAUCCCCUGCUCUUGAGCUGUGCACUGUAUUUAUGCUGACAGGCUCUGUCCCUCUUAGAAGGUGCUUCUUUUGACAACUCCUCAUGCCUAGAAAUCACAGCCUUGUUUUCCUGGGCAGCUGAGCUUAGAGGAAUAAUUAGGAUCAAUAUUAAUUUUUUCCACUCAAACCAUUUUGUGAAUAGGCAGGGCAGUAACUGAACAGAGAGUUACUAGCUGUGUUGUCAUGGAAAAAUAGUUGGACCCAAUUCCAUCCAUCCAUCCAUCCAUCAGAUCCUAGGCUAGAUAAAAGAAAAUAUAUUGACCCUCACAUAGUGUCUUUAGAGUUUAUGAAAACACUGGCUGACUUAGUGUUAGUUGUAAGUGUGUGUGUUUUUAUUUAGGUAUUAAUGUUACAGGAUUUUUCUGAUAUGUUUUUUGUUAAAGACUUGUCUUUAAGCUGUCAGCAAAUUCCUGAUGUGCCGUGCAGAAGGAGAUGCAGGGCCUAGGUCUGAGCUGUCACAGGGCAGCAUUUUGCUGGAUUUUGAGGUUCUUUAACUGUCAUAUUCCAUUAAAGCAGCUUUUUUUUUUUCCCUUUCUAAAUACAUGCUCAGGUAUUAAACUGUUUUUCAAUGGACAUUGGCCUUUUCUGUGGAUAUACUGACAGUGCUGCUUCAUGUAGAAAAGAACCUCACAAAGAUCUCACUGGUACCUUUUAGAGCAGGCUUUUGUUGAAAGAAUAAAAAUUCUGCACUUGUUGGGAGUCUGCUGAAAGCUGGACAUUUAAUUUUUAAGGCUGUGCCUCCAGGUUAGAUGUAUUUUAAAGAGUAACUAUCACAUGUUAGGAGGGUUAGUGUGGUUUUCUCAAACACGUGCAAGGAACCCAACCUUCUGUUAUAUGCAAGGAGACAAUUCCACCUCACCUCUGACAAUAGACCAAUCAUGUAGCAGAUUAUUUUUAAUUCAUCUUUUGCUAAUGGGAGAAACUGUGGUGCCCUAAUUGCCUGAGCAGGCCAUGCUCUUUGGUUCAUUGUUUUGCUUCCCAAGGCCAGUGCUGGGAUGAAACAGUGACUGGUGGUACUGGUGUGCACCCAGCUGCCUCACCAGUGUUCCCAACCAGCAGUUCUCUCCUGAUCUCAUGCUGCAGCCAGCAACAUCUAUGCAAACGAUUUCUCUCUGCCCUGGCUCAGAGAUCAGAGAUCAAUUAUUUUUUCCUAGAAUAACAGGUAGUUAAAAAAUAUUAUUAUAGCAAAGAGUAAAAAUCUUCAAAUCCAUGGGCAUUGUGGAGAAAUUUACAGCAUUUUCUGAAGAAGACAUUCAGAAUGUAUGUAACAAUAUUUUCAUGAUGAGGAUUAUUAUAUUACUUUGACUUUAUGUUGUGACAGACAUCCCUUGUCCUUGUAGUUGCUUGUUCAACAUCAUAAUCUCCCCAAGGGGACUCAGUCAUAUUUUUUUUCCCCCUGAGUACUUGUUUUUUUCUUUUGGCUGAGACAAGAUUUAAGUAUUGUGGUAGGGUAGUUCCGUGUUUUGUUUUUAUUUAACUAGUUACAAAUAUGUUGUGAUGCUGAUCUCACCCAGUCUGAAGACUAAAAAUCUUGUAGGCUCGAAAAAGUGAAAUAAAUACCCUUCAGAAAUGAUUGAAACCAUCCAGUUACACGUCUUUCAGCUGUUUUAUAUAUUUAUCUGUAAAAGAUUGGUAUUAAUGGGAAAAACUAUCCAUUUUUUUUAAUCAUUUAAAUGUUUACCGUCCUGUAUGUUGUCUGCUUUCUAAAUUAAACUGUAUUUUGUGGGUCUCUGGGGGGUCAUGCCUGGCUGAGGUGGCUGCCCCAGGGGUGUAGAGGGGGUGUUUGGAGCCAUGGAGGCACCCUGGGGACCUGCACAGGGGACACAGCCCUCUGAGACCUGCUGCAUCCCUUUGCUUUGGCAUUCCCAGCGUGUUGGGGUUCAUGGUUUGUUUUGGUUUUUUUCUUUCUUUUCUUUCCACUCACUUUGUACUUUUUUCUUUUAUUAAAUCUCACAUGUAUUUUGA